AUGUCAGAUUGGGACUCAGUUACUAUUAUUGGACAAAAAGCCAGAGUUGGUGGUGGAGGUCCAAGACAAAAUGUUGCUAAAACUCAAAGUCAAUUGAAUGCUGCUAGAAGAACUGGUAGUGUCAUUGGUACUGAAAAGAAAUAUGGUUCAACCAAUACCAAAUCAAAUCCUGAAGGUCAAAGAUUAACCAAAUUAGAUGAUACUGAUGAUGUUGUUGCUGUCAAAAAAGUCGAUACCAAUGUUGGUAAAGUUAUUUCAAAAGCUAGACAAGAUAAAUCUAUGACUCAAAAAGAUUUAGCCACUAAAAUCAAUGAAAAACCUCAAGUUAUUAAUGAUUAUGAAAGUGGUAAAGCUCAACCAAAUCAACAAGUUUUAGGUAAAAUGGAAAGAGCCUUAGGUAUCAAAUUAAGAGGUAAACAAAUUGGUGAACCUUUAUUCAAAAAGAAGUAA